ACUUCUGUCCAUUUAGAGUUAGAUCAACUAGCAGUGCAAAGUUAGUAUGUGGAUGUAGCAGUAGGCCUACUGUAUCCCGUGUCGAACUCGCUAACACAUCUGUUAUCUCCGGUGUUCAUUGAUAUUUUUAAAUGAGCACAGGUCUAACUUUUCUGGGAAGAUGGGGGCUCGACACCAGGGCGGGUGGGGCCACCCUUUCACUGAAGACAAUAGUCCAGCUGCAUCAAGCUACCAGAACCCAGAACCUGAUACUUCACCACCGGAAACUGUCAUGCUUUUCCUUCAAAACUAAACGAAAAUGGCUGACUAUUCAGUGGAACAUUUAUGACACGAAUAUCUAAAUUGAUUUGAAACGGUCAAAGCUACAGAUGCGGCCAUGAAGUUGAAGACUGAAUUGAUAGUUGUCACAAAAUUUGUUCCCUUUGUUUUUCAGCUUUAGUGACAUGUAUUAUUGUCAUUUUUUUUACUUGGCCAUGGCUGUAGCACUGAAGUGUUCUUUUAAAUAAUUCACCUUCAGUUAAUCUUUCUUGAGACAAAGAGCAGAUUAUCACAGAGAUGUGUUGUAAAAGUAGAACUUUUAAAAUCAUCAGCAAAAUCACUCAUUAAAAAUUUGGGCAUCUUAUUACGGAAAAUUGUAUUACUGUAAAAAUAAAGCUUUAAAUGCUGGCACAUGAGCCAAAAUGUCUCAUGUGCCAGCCUGUACUUGAACUCGGGUCUUCUUUAGGCUGGUGUAUUAAUAGUCGAGCUAUCCAUUUGACAUCCGAAUAUUGAUAAUACUCCUCAGAGCCUGAGGAGCAGAGUGCAGUAUGUGCGCCACCCACUGGGUUUGUGACAUGACAGACAGUCGGUGGCAUUUUUUUCACCUGCUACUGGUUCACAGUGAUUUGAAUGCAGAAAUACUCAGAAAUGCAGUUUUGAGCUUAAAGUUCAGAUGUGUCCUGUAGCAUUAGAAAAAUGCCUCAAGAAUAUGUUAAAAACAAAAAAGCACAACUUUCAUUGGAGUGGGUCUUUAAUAGUCUGUGAGAAGAUGGAUAGAUGAACGAUUGAAAAUAGACUAUUUUUGGUGAGACCUACUCAGACUGAACUGUUGCUGUUUUAAGUGUCAGCAGCCAGCCUUUAUUUUCUGAGCGGUAAACUGGAGCUGAAGGGAUCAGAUCAUCAACAGAGACUUUAAUUUUGAAAAUUUUAACCGGAAAUUACGUUGAUGUGCGUGUAAUUCACUUGACACCCUUCAAAGGGAGCCUCGUCCAGUCAGGAGUUGAUAUGUUUACCUCCUGUUUUAUGGAUAAAUAAGCGACAGCUCCGCCGCGACCAUGCCGUAGGUGACCCGCCUGGAUGAAGCCGAACGGGGACCGCAGCUGGGUGGACGCGGGGUGGUGGCUGUAACAGAGGGUGGGAGGAUGCACUGGGCGGCUGGCUUCGCCUCCACCCGGCCGUGUGUGGUUGAACUGGGGCGGAACCACAGCCUGCCGCUGGGGCUGUGCGCCUCCGAGCAGCACCAGUCUUUGUAUGGCUACAUCAUCGCCUUUCCUUUGCAGGACUACGGAGGCAUCAUGUCGGUUCUGGGCUCGGAGUCCUGGUGGAAGAAGACCCUGUACAUCACCGGGGGGGCCCUGCUGGCUGCUGCAGCCUACCUACUGCAUGAGCUGCUCGCCAUCAGGAAGGAGCAGGAGCUGAACUCUCAAGAUGCUAUCAUCCUCCAUCAGUUCUCCAGACCAAAGAAUGGCAUCCCCAGUCUCUCCCCUUUCUGCCUCAAAAUAGAGACGUACCUGCGCAUGGCGGAUCUGCCUUAUCAGAACUACUUUGAUGGGAGGCUGUCCCCGCAAGGAAAGAUGCCGUGGAUCGAGUACAAUCACGAGCAGGUGUCAGGGUCAGAGUUUAUUGUGGACUUUCUGGAGGAGAAGCUCGGGGUCAACCUAAACAAGAACUUAACCCCGGAGGAAAGAGCCGUGUCCCGAGCAGUCACCAAGAUGGUCGAGGAGCACCUCUACUGGACAAUAGCCUACUGCCAGUGGGUGGACAAUGUAGAUGAAACCCAGAAGUUGCUGGCCAUGGAUGGACCAUUGAGCGACACCCUGAAGUGGCUUCUGAGCCACCUGAAUGGCAGCAUGGUGCGCAGAGAGAUGUAUGGCCAUGGCAUCGGACGCUUCUCUAAAGAGGAGGUCUACAAGCUGAUGGAGAAGGACAUGAGGACUCUGGCUACUCUGCUGGGUGAUAAGAAAUACUUCAUGGGCUCUAAGAUGUCAACGUUGGACGCUACAGUGUUUGGCCACCUGGCUCAGGCUAUGUGGACUCUACCUGGGACACGACCAGAACAGCUCAUCAAAGGAGAGCUGAUCAAUCUGGCCAUGUUCUGUGAGCGGAUGCGGAGAAGAUUCUGGCCCGAGUGGUUUGUGGAGGUGGAGGAUCUUAACUAUGAUGGAGACAGUGAGAGCAGCAGCAGCAGCAGCAUCCCUGCAGGGCUGCUGGACUUCGGUCUGUUCUCCAGGACUGACACUCUAGAUGACAGCGACACCAGCAGCCACUCAGCCAGACACACACGCACACACUCCCCCGACUCGGACCGCUCACUCUUUGACUCAGACGUGGGCACUGGGUCAGAGAAUGACAUUCACCUUAAAGAGGAGCUGAUUCCAGACUUAAAGGUCUGACGUGUGUCUGGCUGGCAGGAAAAGACUGUAACAGGCAGGCAGCUGUGUUGCUUCACAAAAUCAGUCUGGAACAACCUGUUUGGACAACUCUUCACACAGCUGAAGAAACUGUUCCAGUUCCUCCUGUUACAAAUCCCAGGUUGCCCCAGCUUCCCGACAUACAGCCUGGGUGUUUAAAGGCAGAGGAAGCAAACUGAACCUCAUAAUAACAUACAUACGGUAUGGUUUGUCCCUCUUGUAUUAUCAGAACUGUCUCCUUGACAGUUCCUCUUUGCCUUAUUUGUCUCGUCCUCCGAUACAGAAGUUGCUGUGAAAAGUUAACAUGAGCCGAUCGUCUGAUUUCAUUAAGUAAAGGCUGCAAAACAGAAACGGCAUAACAGACAAGACAGGUGGCUCUUCACUUGCUAUGAAAUGAUGCAACUAAUCACCACUCUGCCAUGUGUCAUAACGCAUAAAUCCAUUCAAACAGGGGGAGGCUGCAAAGGAACAGCUGUUGUGCCUCCGCUGUUUACCAUGCGUGAUGCUGAAUAGUAAACACAGAUAACUUCCAUGUCACCUCGUGUCCUGCUUUGAUCCUCGUGUUGUUUCCUUCAUGCUUCUGUGUGUUGGAGAUGUCGGCAUCGAGAGCAGGCGAAGGAUUUCAUCAUUUCAAAACCAAAUCAACACACAGCUCUGUUGAUUGGAGAACUUGAGGCAUUAUGAACAGAUUUGCCUGUGUUAAACUCACCAUUUUGACUUAUCUCAUGUACUUUCAGUUUGUUAUCAUUGAGCUCAGACUUUAUAAUUUCAGCACAGCUAUGCUGCUUUUUAAGUGCUGCACUUCUUAUAUUUGGCCACUAGAUGGAGGUGUCAGACAGCAUGGUGUUCUGUAACAAGGAGCUUAUUCCAGCAGGUGUGCUUCAUUUGACUCCCUAGAGCUGUUUUCUUUCUGACAUUGCAGACCUUGCAGUUCAUGAAGGUGUUUUGUGCAGGCGCAUGCAUAACUGCAUACCUACAACCAAGCACAGAAACAGAUCAGCCUCUUGGUCUCAAUUACACAGUUUUUGUUCUCAUAUGCAUUAUAAUGAUAAAUGAGCCGCACUUGUAUAGCGCCUCUCAGAGUAAGGACUCCAAAGCGCUUUACACUACAGUGUAUCAUUCAUCCAUUCACACACACACACAUUCACACACUGAUGGUGAUGAGCUACGACAAUGUAGCCACAGCCGCCCUUGGGCACACUGACAAAGGCGAUAAUCAGUGCCAUGUGUUUAUUGUUACUUAUUUAUGUGUUAAAAAUUCUAUUUUUGUUAAUCUUUGUUUUCUUAUUGCUCUCAAAGAGAGAUGUUUACUUUGCACUAGUGGAAAUUUAUUUUCACCUCAUGUCGAAAGCAGAGGUCUGCUCUGAAAACAAAGAGAUGGACACAGAUGGUCACUAAGGGUUACUGUAGGGAUGAAUAAUCCACUGUGUUGGUUGUCUGUGUGAAUGCUGUCAAUGAGGCUGGGUCAGAUUAACACCUUAUGAUAGGUAGACGAGAAACAUGGAGUAAAAACUUGGACCAAAACUUUCUGAACAACUGUCACUUUUCAUUUGUUGUUCAUAAUAAAAAUAUAUGACUAUGUUGUAUUAGAGUAGAUGUUAGUAGCUUAAAUAGCAGAUCAUGCUAGUGACUGAAUGCCUUUCUUACAUCAUCUUCAGCAGAGGUGAGUGGAAUUUUAUUUGUCUUGUACAAAAAUUAAUCAACUUCAUCUUAUUGAGUUUCUGCUGUUGAGAAUUAUUCAGAAGCACUCAUCAGAAGGUAGAAAUAUCCUCAUCAAAUCUCAUCAAAUCUGCUAACUGUUGUCUCAUUUGAAGGUGAACUGUGAACAGAACCUUUAGCAUGUUUUGGAUCAAUGUGCUGUUGCAUUGCUUUGAUUGUUUAUUUAUUUAUUUUUUGUUCCAUUUAGUUUUUUAUUUCUGCCACACACAGAGUGUUGUGUUUUGAUUCAGUCGUGAUGCUUUGAUCACCAUCAUUCCCAGAAGCAGCAGGCUGCUUCCUACAGGGGAACAAAAUAGUCUGUGUACACCAACAGUUUAGAAGCAAAUGACUCAGAUGCAGUAAACGUACACAACCAAGUUGCAUUUUUCAGGUUAGAUAAAAUUCCGUUCACCUCCCUUUUUGAGGUUAACGCAUCAGUCUCAAAGGAUAGGAGGAAACCCUAAAUGAGCUGCAUGUUUCUGUUCCAUUGGAGGUAAUCGAGUGUUUUGAUCCAGAUACGUGGGUUCAAUAGGAAGAAGGUCUGCUCCGUCGUGUUGUCCUUGAGGUUUCAUUCAGCCUGACCACAACAGUUCUAGUUCAGUCAAGCCAUAUUAAUGCUAGAAAUGAUGUUACUGGGGCCAUUCCCGCUGGUGUGAUGUAAAUAUAGUGAGACGACAUGUGUACCAUACUGUAUCUAAAUCUGACUGAUCAAACUACCUGUGUCUGUGCUUUCAUUUGAGGAGGAACGAUGGGAUGGGCUCAAUAAACAAUAGCUGUGACAAUUUUA